GGAAGAGGGCAGAGAGAAGCGCCCGGACCGCGGGCAGCCCCGGCCAGCAGCGGAGCGGCCGCCCCGUCCCACUCCCAGCAUGUUCCAGUGGAAGAAGACCAUCUACAAAACAGUUUGCCUCUCCUUCUUGCUGGUGAUCACAGUGACAGUGCUACAACGGGGAAUGGCCCCAAGCCAGUUCAUGCAGGGCCAGCAGCAGAAAGAGCUGCCCGCUCCAGAGCCCCUGAAAACACAGAAGAGAGACAACGCCUUCUCCAUCACCAGCACUUUCUGGAAGAGCAAGAAGGAGAAAGCUCCUGUGAAGGAGGAGGAGAAUGUGACGGCAAAGCAAGCAAAAUCCUGGGAUGUCACCACUACCAACUGCUCAGCCAACCAGAACUUCAGCAAGGUGGACUGGUUCAAAGGGCUGGAGCCCAACUUCCAGCAGUUCCUGCUCUAUCGGCACUGCCGCUACUUCCCCAUGCUGAUCAACCACCCUGAGAAAUGCAGCGGGGAUGUCUACCUGCUCAUCGUGGUCAAGUCUAUCAUCACGCAGCAUGACCGCCGCGAGGCCAUCCGGAGGACCUGGGGCCAGGAGAAGGAGGUGGAGGGCAAAAGGAUUAGGACGCUGUUCUUGCUGGGCACAGCCUCCAAGGAGGAAGAGAGAGCCAACUACCAGAAACUGCUGGAUUAUGAGAACCACAUCUAUGGGGACAUCUUGCAGUGGGAUUUCCUGGACAGCUUCUUCAACCUCACUCUGAAAGAGGUUCAUUUCCUGAAGUGGCUGAACAUCUACUGCGACAACGUCCGCUUCAUCUUCAAAGGUGACGACGAUGUGUUUGUGAGUCCCAGCAACAUCCUGGAGUUCCUGGAGGACAAGAAAGAGGGAGAGGACCUCUUUGUGGGGGACGUGCUCUACAAAGCCAAGCCGAUCCGGAAGAAGGAGAACAAGUACUACAUCCCUAGUGCCCUCUACAACAAAAGCAACUACCCACCCUAUGCAGGGGGUGGGGGCUUCAUCAUGGAUGGACCCCUGGCCAAGAGGCUGCACAAGACCUCAGAGACGCUGGAGCUGUACCCCAUUGACGAUGUCUUCCUAGGGAUGUGCUUGGAAGUCCUCAAAGUAUCACCUGUUGGGCACGAGGGCUUCAAAACUUUUGGCAUUGUGAAGAACAAGAACAGCAAGAUGAACAAGGAGCCGUGUUUUUUCCGGAGUAUGUUGGUGGUUCAUAAACUGCUGCCCCCAGAGUUGCUCCAAAUGUGGGACUUGGUCCAUAGUAACUUGACGUGCUCAAGAAAACUCAACGUCCUUUAGCUCAGUCUCUCUGGAGAGCUGGGACUGGAGGGGCCAGGACAGCUCAUCCUUGUUCCGGAGUGGAAGGAUCCUCUGCUGGUGGCACACAAGUCCUUCGGGGGCAUUUCCCUCCAGGGCAAGGAGGGCAUAGACACUGUGCUUGCGGGCAGGGUUUGUGAUAGUGUUUGUUCCUGUACUGUAAUGUGGUUUGCUUAUCUCCAGCUGGGUUGGGGGUUGCUGAAAAAAAAGAGGAGAAGAAAAAAAAAAAAACAAAAACACAACAAAUCUAGCACAAAAUGAAGAGAGAGAGAGAGAGAGAGAGAGAGAGAAAGAGGGAGGGCAGAGCUGUUUGUGCUCUGCUUUAGGUACCACCUCCACCAGAGCAUGAUGAAUAGUGGGGUGGAGGGGAGGCAGGGAAGGCUGUGGCACAGGCAUUUUUUUGGAGAUGUUCAGGUGUGGCUGUCCAGGGAAGCCACUUCAAGGGAGAUGAGCCGUUUACGAGUGCAUGAACACCUCAUGACUCAAAAGUCAAGGGGAUUUUAUUUGUUAUCUCAAAUUUCUACUCCAUGCAAAGUUUUAGUGACAUUGUCCCUGUGUGCCUUGGGUUCAUCCCCACUGAAGUCCUCUCUGUGUUCCCACUACACAGCUGGGGAAAGGGGCUCUCCUCCAAGGCUGAGCCUUGCCAGUCCCAAGCCUCCAUUACGGUUUCAGCUAGGCAGUCAGGGGACUGGGGUCUUUGUCCCCAACAAAGGAUCCCGGACGAUGGUGGCUCCCAGCACUGGCCCAGGAUGUACUUGGCUCCCCAGCCCCUCUGCAGCCAUGCCGUGUGUGCACUCGGGGGAAUGCACCCAGCCAAAAUUCCUCAGGGAUUUGUUCCUCAUGGCAGGAAAGGGAAGGCACAAGGCCAGCUGCCCUUGCCCACGGUUAAGGAAAUGGCAGAGAAACUUGGUCAGCCCCAGCUGGAGUGGCCCAGGGGCUUAUCACACUUGGAACCCUAGUUUGGGUGCAGGCAUCCUGGGUGCCUGCUGCAGGGGGAUCCUCUCUGCCUCACUGCCAUAGUGGGGUUGCCUCUGAGGGGGACAACAGCCCCCAAAGACCUUGUGCAUGGCUGCUUCAGGCUCAGCCCUGGUUUUGCAGCGAGCAUGAUGCUCCAGGGCACGUUGGAGAGCAUCAGUCCCACCCCUGCAGGCAGAGCAGAGUCCCAGGGGACAAGAUGAAGGAGAGCUGGUGUUUUGCACCAGGUCUGAUCCUCUCAGGGUUGUUGCAAUGUUUAUUGUAUAGGAUGAGGCCCAGGAACAUGACAGGGAGUGGUAUCAUGAGACAUGGCCCUUUUUCUUUGGGCUGAAAGGGUCACUGGAGCCGUGGAGGGAAGCCCCAAGCCAGGUGCUGUGAUAGAACCACAGCACCCCUCCCGACACAGAGACACACAGCCAUGCAGGGGCCACAGCCGCUCUCCAGCCACUGACUGCAGGCAUGAGAAAAGCCACAGGCAUGUGCAAAGCCACACGUGUGCACAGGCACUGGUGUGCCAGCUGGCACAGGCUCUGUGCAUGCAGAUGUCCCCAUGCGUAGGGCUUGCACGCCCAGAUGUCCCUGUGCACGGGUGGACACACACACACACACACACACACACAGAGCUACAUCCACGGCCCUGACCACGCACAGCAAAACGUGGGCACAUGUGCGCUCGCUCUCUCUCCCUCUCUGGUGCCAGAUAUUGAAAGAAAAAAAUUUUGACUACCUCAAAGGUUCCCCUGUGCAGUGCCUUUUUUUUUUUUUUUUUUUCUUUCCUUUUCUUAAUGUGUUUUGGAAACAGUCCCGUUUCAUUUACUCCAAGUCUGUAUGUUCCCCAGGUUAGAAAACAAACAAAAAAAGGGCAUAAACCAGCCAAAAAAGGCACCUUCAUGCCAAGCCACGCCACUUCUCGGCAAAUGUCCCUCAUCUGUUUAGACAAGAAGCAAAUUUGAAGAGGAGGAAGAAAAAGAGCCUGUUGCUGUCCAGGGCUCAGCUGUUGGUACUGGGGAUGGCGGCAAUACUGUGAAAUUUGAUUUACGAUGCACCCAGUGGCACCGUGUUCCUGGGGCAAGAGCCAGCAGCGCAGGGCAGAGCCCCCGAAGGCACUUUCAGUGCCCUCUGGGCUUAGGCAGCAUACAACACUCCUUCAUUUUCCCGUCCCCUCCCUCCUUCCAAUGGGAGCGAGUUCAGAAAUACUUUCCAGAUUGACACCUCUGUAAUUUAUGUCAGGUACAGUACAUUAGGCUGUAUAUUUAUCCUAUACACAGGGACAGCUCUUGGUCUCCGUAGCAAUGUGUACGGUGAGCCAGAGCUGCGUGCAGAAAUCUCUCAGUGUUGCUCUUCACCUGGUGGGACCUGUACAGAGAAACCUUGUAGAUUUGGUGAAUAUUCUAGUUUCUAAAUAAAGGUUAAAAGAAGGAGAAAAAAAAAAAAAAAAAAAA